CUCAAGUGUUCUGUUAAUUUUUCUUCAGUCCUAGGAUGACCUACACUUCAUGAUGGUUACUCCUUCAACUGUGAGAGAGCUUGUUGUGAAUCCUAAUUGCUCUACGCAUCCUACCAAAGAAGAAGAUUCUAAACACAUAAAUCAAGAUAACAGUUUGACUGCACAGGUUGUUAGUAGAGCUCAAACAUUGGUUUCUCGAGCUUCAGUUGCUUUACAGAAUGUUACUGCUAGAACCCAAAGUCAGCAAAUUCCAUUAUACCAAACCCCUACUGGAAGAAGUAGGUCUAGUUUCUUCAGCAGAAGAGAUGAAAUAACAAAUCCAACCAAAGGUAAUACAUCUUCCCACUCACCCUCAUCUCAUUUGGAAGCAGCUCAAAGAGCAGUACGUUCUCAUCCACUUUGGAAAAAAGGAGCUGAAUUGCUAGCUAAGGCAGAAAGUUUGGGAGAUCUGACCAGCAGUAGAUGUGCACAACCUUCCUUAAGCAGUAAGAUUCCAACAUUUCUUAGUCCAAGAAAACCCUCAUCAAAUUUUUUUCAAAAAAAUAAUGAUAUAAAAUCCAAAUUACAAGAAAAAACAAGACAUUUGAGUCAACCAAAUAACAGGGUUAGUAAAUCAGGCCAAUCUAAAGUGGAAGUGACCAGAAAGGAAGAGUCACAUAAAAGAAAUACAGCGGCGAAGAAAAAAACUAGCACAGCAGUAUUAUCUGCAAAACCAGUCUGUGCAUCUUCACACAAGAGAAGUGAACUUUCUUUGACAACUCAGCCAGUAUUAGAAUGCGAAAAUCAAAUUACAAAAUCUUCUUUUGUGACUUUAGAAAGAGACUCAACUAAAGGUAUAAGAAAGUCUGAAUCUUGUCCACAUUACCCAACAAAAAAAGAAAAUUUCCUCAAAGAAACAUCUGAAAAUCAUGAUAAUAAAAGCUGCACAAAUACUGUUUCCAAAAAGAAAAUCCUGAGAAGCCAGCAACGCCAUAAUAUUAAGUCUGAUUCAGAACUGUAUGGUGACUCACAUCUGAAGUCUGUACUUAACAUUCUCCGUAGCAACCUUGGUCCUGAGGAGAAACUUUUGGCUAUCAAACAAAAGCAUGAUUACUGGGAACAAUUCAGCCAAAUAUCUCUUUUGCAAAAACAAGAGAAAAGUGUACAAAAUGAAGAGACAAACAACUGUGUUAUAGAAGCAGAUAAAAGUAUUAGUUCUCAUGUAAAACAGGAGCAAAUCUUAUCUAAUUCUGUGAAUGAUAAUAUUUACAUUAAAAAAACUGCUCCAUCCAGUGAAGAUUUCUCUUUUGUGGAUUUGAAUGUGAAGAAACACCAGAGGUGUUUGAACGUAAUGAAGACGUCUAGUUACAGCAACAUUGAAAAUGGUAGUCAGACAAAUAUGACAAAGGAGUUUAAUGUUCCAGCUAAACUAGAUGGUAUGGAAAAUGUAGCAUUAUCAAAGAGAAGACAAGACACUGGCAUUCAAGGGGGAGAAAUCCAUUGCAAAUCUGCUAAUAUGACAAAAAAGGAAUUAAAAAGCAUUUUGAAGAUUGAUGUUGACAGACUGUCUGUUGAAAAAACAACACCAUCUCAGAAAUCACCAGUGACAGUUCAGGAAUGGGUGAAUUCAAUUCAGUUGGCUCCGGGAGAAGAAAGCAGAUCAGUGGAGGAGAAACAGAAUGUUUGUGAACAACUACCGAGAUCACAAACAGAAAAGAUCACCCCAGAUGUUCCUAUUUCACCAACUGAACAACUUCGGGAAGGUUCAUUUGAUGACAACCUCUAUUUGGGAGCAGAAGCUCGAAAUUUAGAUGGAGUUCUUCAAGAAGCAGCUGUUAACAGGGUGGCCAACUCUCUCUCACCUCAGUCUCGUCGCAUGUCUUUUGGAGAUUUGCAAAGUAAACAGAGUAGUUUCAAUUCUGAUUUUUCCAGUUACUCUGGUAUAUCCAGUCUCUCUAGUGUGGAAUCUUUGCUGGAGGCCAGAAGAGGGGAUCCAGAAGAAGUACUCCUAGCUCUUGGCUUUGGAGGAAAACUACCCAAAGAUCCCAUCUCUCGAAUACCAAAAAGGUUCCUUUUGCAACCAUCUUGUGCAAAGGGAGUAAAAGUAGAAGAUUUCCUAAAGCAUCAGGAAUACUUACUAGCUAGACGAGUAUCUGGGCCUUUGGAAUUUUUAGGAGUUUCAAGUCAAUUUCACUUAAAGCAGCAAUAUCUUAGACGCAAGUGUAGCAGUAGCUGCAGCUUUCCACAAGUAGCAAGAGUAAGUUCUUUAGAAUUGCAUUCUACACACCUUUCUCAUUCUGGACAGUCUGAGAAUGGUUACAAACAGAAGAAAGCUAGGAAGAGCACAGUCACAUUUUUAGAUGAAAUUGAUCCCAGCCAAGACUUUCACAAAAUACCUCACAUCUCAGUUACAAACCCACAAAAUGUUACAAACUUAGAACUCUCAGACAAGCAUUGGCCUUCUGAAUCAUCUAGGCCACAAGACAACACCAAGUGGUGGAACAAGUUUGUUUACAGUUCAGAUGUUGUCAUUAGUAAUUCCAGUAAUUUUAGCUACUCCUCCUCAGACACCCAUACAGGCAUUAGCUCUCCCCACCGAGUGGUACGAUCUAGUCUUGUGUAAUAUAUCCUAUGCUAUAAAUUUCCAUAUCAUUUUUGCUUGAUAAAAUGUAUAUUAUUUCUGCCACAAUCAUACAUUGGCUACACUGGUGUUUAUCAUUUUAAAUUUUAAAUAUGGUCAGGUUGAGUAUGUCACCCCUCUGUGGCUCAGCAGUAAGUUUGCAGGCUUACAAUGCUAAAAAUGGAGUUUCAAUACCCAAGAUGGGAAGAGCAAAGAUAGCUCAUUUUGUAGCUUUGUGCUUAACUACAACAGAAAAUAAACUAAAUGUGUUUUUUAAGAUUAACAACAUAUUUUGUCUUUCAGGCAGGCUUAGUGAUCCAGCAUUUUAAUUGUUUACACCAGCAGCUUUUUUUUAAAGCUACUAAUAAAUGUGAUUUAAGACAAAAAUUAAGAUUUGUACAUGUAUGUGCAAAAAACAUUAAUGUGAAAAAUAACUGUAGAUAUAUACUGACACACAAAAAUGUGCUGUUUUAGUUAAGUGUAAUGAAGAGUGUCUAUGUUAGUUAUUGUUGCAUACAGGCCUCCCAGUAAAACUAAAAACCUGUUAAAGCUUAUAUUUUAAAGUGGUACUAUUUUGUUUUUGUGAAAAUAAUAAGUAAAUCCAACAAGUUUUCAUAAAAGUGUUAAAAGUAAGAAUUUUGAGAAAGGGAUAAAGCUCUCCACUGUAAAGAUUAACAAAAUCCUAAUAAAUUUAUAAAAUAUUUUAUGGAAAAACAUAAGAAACCUAUUUUAGUUACAGUAAUAUUGUGAUUUUAUUAAUGGUUCAGGUUAGAAAAUGAAUUGUUUACCAAAUAAAUGAGGUAGAAAAACCUACAAAAACAUACAAUUUUAUAGAAAAUAAGUCUAUAGAAACCUGUAUGUUCAUGUUACAUCCUCUUUUAAUUCUUAAAAAUAUUCUAGGAGAGCUGAUAUUACAGAAGACAUCAUUGGCUAAGUAGCAAAUAAAUAAAAAUAUAUUUUACUUUUUAUGUGCAACAGAUGGCAACAUUUUUAAUUCAGUUUUCUAAAAAAAAAAACAUUGGUUAAAAGACAAAGAAACUUUUUUAAUGCAACAUAGGACAACAUUCUUAGUUCAUUGUUAAAAAACAUUGGUUAAAAGACAAAGAAACUUUUUUAAUGCAACAGAGGUCAACAUUCUUAGUUCAUUGUUAAAAAACAUUGGUUAAAAGACAAAGAAACUUUUUUAAUGCAACAGAGGUCAACAUUCUUAGUUCAUUGUUAAAAAAACAUUGGUUAAAAGACAAAGAAACAUUUUUAAUGCAACAGAGGUCAACAUUCUUAGUUCAUUGUUAAAAAAACAUUGGUUAAAAGACAAAGAAACUUUUUUAAUGCAACAGAGGGCAACAUAAUUAGUUCAUUGUUCCAAAAAGAGACUUCUUGCUGAAAAUUCAUAAACCCCUUUCAGUAUUCACUACAAAUUCUAAAAAACAACAAAGCAUUGUUAGUUAAAUGACAAAAAAUAUAAAAUGCUUUUCUAAGCAUCAAAAAGCAGUAUUGCCACUCUGGUAUACCAAAUGAAAAUUCUUGGGUAAAUGAUAAAGAAAGGAAUAUUCAUCUUAAAUGCAAACAAAAGAAGUGUUUGAUAAGGAGUGUUAGUUAUGUAAUGGGAGAUCAUUUAGGCAAGUCAUUUGGGGUUCAACUUCAGCACCAGUUAUGAAUGAAAUAUUUAUAAUUCCAGAUGUGCAGUCAUGAGUGGGGUACACACGUUACCAACUAGAGGAAGUUUACAGUUAGGAUAAACAAAUGAAUUGGAGACUGGAUUCAAAACGCAUACAAUACUUUAAUACAGAAUAUUCAUCUACAUUGAAAUUACCAAAAGUAUCUUGUUAAGCUUCCACAUUAAAGGAACCAAAUUAUUCGUUCUGAGUGAGCAAUUGUUCGUUAAUUAAACUUUCAAUAAUAUUCAGCAAAUCUCUCAUUUCUACUAAUAGGUACUCUAGAUUUGAAGGUAACUUCUUUGAAGGCAUGUUGAGCACACAAUGCCAGGUUGUGACAUGUGAAUUUGAUAAUAAUAACAUUGAGAGAUACCUGUCUCAAUCGUGAAAGCAUAGAAUUAUGGGCACCACACACAUUAUUUGCCCAUCAGAUGAGAAACGUGUGCAGUUUGCCAAAUCAAUGUUGAUUUGUGUCAUAAAAUCUGAUAUUGCCCAAAAUAGAUUUUUACCAGUUGCUGAUGUAACUUGCAGUAAUGCGAAAAAUUCUAUUUUCAUAACAUUGUCUUUGGAGGAAAAAAAUUAACACAAAGACACAGUAGUUUGCUGGUAGAUAUAUCUGUUGACUCAUUUGUCAACAACAAAAGUUUAACUUCUCUUAACUCGUUAAUUAAAUCUUCAUAUAAUGCCGUGGCAACCACAUUUUGUAUGAUGCAAUAUUAGGUUUUAAAAUAAACUUUUCUUGCUAUAUUUUUUUAUUACAUCUAACUUGUGGUCCACUAAACAUAUGCUACAAUGACACGCUAAAGAUACACUGUACUUGAUUUCAAAUUCUUUGAACGAUGAGUUAACAUUUGAUUUUUCAAAAUGAGAUUGAAUCUUCAGUUUUGAUAUUGAAUCCAAAUUCUUCAUGUGUUUAGAAUUUUUCAUGUAAAACUAAACUAUUUCUUUUUAUACUGAUACUGCAUACUUUACAGUAACAUGCAUUACCUCUUUGUGUUAACCACUUAAACUCUUCUUCCCAUUUUUUGUUAUAUUUUCUCUCCUCUUCGUAGGAGGUUUUCCAUUCCCCCAUUUUUAACAGUAUAACAUAUACUUCUCGCUUAGAUAUUCUAAAAAUAUUUUGAUAUCAUAACACUGCACCAUAGAUUAUUAGUUCACAAAGUACAUGUAAAUGUGCAAGGUGAUUAAAUCUGAGUCACUAUUGGAAAGCUGCUAACUAGCACUUAACAUGCUGCUAAUUAUUUAAGCCUAGUCAACUAUCCAACAAAUGCUUGGGGCAUGUGCAUACUUAAGACUUAUUUUGAAUAAGUGCCAUAAAUCUGUGACACAUAGACAUAUUGGUAAUGAAAACUGAAACAGAAUGCAAGUAAAAUGUGAUGCAGUACAAUAAGUAGAAGCUAUUUUUUAUAACGAAAUUUUCUAGUUAUCAUUUUUUCUUUUUAUUUAUUCAUUUAUUUUGAUUUUACUCUUAAAAAAGCCAAAGUAAGGCCAAAUAAUAUUUGGCCUGCAUGCAAAAAAUUUGAAGGCCAACAAGUUUCCAAAAAAAAACAAUUUGGCCUUAAAAAGGCCAAACAUGGCAACCCUGAAGUCUCCUUUUCCAAAAUUGAACCAUUCUGUUUCUCCACAUUCUGCCCUCACUGUAACCUCUUGCUCAGUUUAAAAUCUCUUCAGCAGAAGAAUCAGAUGUUCUGGUACACUCAUUUUCUGAGUACAUUUCAAAAUUAUGCAUGGUUCGUGCAGUCUAACACUUGGCUGCAGUCAGUAAAACACAGAUAAACUACUUUUUUUAUUCUCUUGCCAUUUCCAUUAUCCAUCUUAUGUAAGCUAUCUGAUCUCAUAUUCCUCUACCACUCCUGAAUCUAGUUUGUUCAUCUGGCAGUUUCUUUCCGUAAAAGGUUUAAGAUUUUUCAGUAGGAUCUUAAGUAUAACUUUGCUUGUUUGUGUGAUCAGGGUGGUCGUGCAGAUGUUGGCACAUUCUCUAGCAUUUCCAUUCCUUUGGUAAAGGGAUUUACAUUGAUUAUUUCCAUUUCUUACUCCACUCUUGUUGACAGUUGACAAAUAGCUGUUAGGACUUUAAUUGCCUAUUCCUCUUUUGCUUUGAACAGUUAUGUGGGUACCUCAUCAACUCCUCGUGCCUUUCGUUAGUUUAUUCAAUACCCAUUGCACUUCACAUUCUAGUAGUAUAGGAAUGUAGAUAUUAUAAUACAUAAGCAUACAAUCAGAAGGGUAUAUAUAUCACAAAUUAUUGGCAGGUCUGCAUACAAGCAGCACAUUACUAGAAGAUUUGCACAAAAUAUGAAAAGGAAUACGUGCAAAUUAUUUUUAAAAGAGUUUCACAGAAGUAGGAGGGAAUAUAUAAUGCAAAAAAGUAUAAUGUAAUAUAUGAAGGUAAUACGAGUUGCACACUAGCAGUAGGGGAUGUGUUCAGUGUGUUAGUAAUACACGUUACUAGAGGACUUGCAUACAUAGAGAUGCAAUUGUGUACAAAUUAUUGAAAGACUAGUGUAAUGGAAUGCAUUCAUAUUUGAAGAAUACAUGCAUGCAAACAGAAGACUUGUAUAUAUUAAUUAAAAGACACUUAGACAUUAACAGAAAUGACUGUGAACACUGUAUUUGAAAGAACAGAGAUGUUAGUAGAAAGUAACAUGAAUGUUAUUAAUGCAAGGAGACUGGUAGAAGAAUACAUGCACACUGUUCAUAAACACAGUACUUUAAUAUAGGGGAAUGUAUACAUGUUGUUGAAAGCUAAAAACACACACAAACUCAAAGGGAUCUUAGGAACAUUAUUUAGAGACAAACACACUUAUUACUGGAAGGGGAUCUUAAUAAAUUAUGAAGUAAUCCAGAGAUAUGUUUUACAUUACCUCUAAAGUACACUUUCUGCUGUUGUAUUUUUUAGGAAAAACUGAACUACACCAGCCUUUCAAAUUUUAUUUAUAGUUAUAUAUUCACUUUUGUCUCAGGGUUUUUUUCAUGUACAAGACUACACUUAGAUAUGUUUUUUAAUAUAACAUCAAAAAUAAAGAACUAACUCAGAAAAUGGUUUUCAGAACAAUAUUAUCUAAGGUUAUACUAAAUAAAACUAAACUAAGUUCAACACCAGUACUUUGGCCUAUGUAAAACUUAACUAGUCUGUUUACAGUUUUUUCUAAUUUAGAACUAAUAAAACCUUUAACUGGUGUAUAUUCAAGUCAUUCUCCCAAAAAUUGUACUUUUUAACUCAGUACUGGAGCAUCCUUCUAGUAAUCAACAUUCAUAAUUUGUAUAUAGAGUGUAAAUUUGAGUAUUGAUGUUAAGUAGAUUACAUUUCCUGAAAUAUAAUGUAUCUUUAUAUCUCUAAAGCUGUGUUUUAGUAAUCACUUCGAUCAAUACAAAUGUGUAGGAUUUUUUUUUUUUCAUAGUUGUAUCGUUGGUGAGUUGAUGAUAGCUACAAAUGAAUAUUUUGCCUUAUCUGAUGAAGGGUGAAUUGAUUGCUCUUGAAUUAAUGCAAGAAUUGCAUAUACUAAUACACUGAUUUUUGUUCUGUAUUUGACAACAACAUUUGUAUUGUAUGGAAUAAUAGGUGUAGUAUGAAUAACUUUUUUGUGUUUGGAAGUGUACAUUUUUGUUUUUCCUCUUCAGUAUUAUUGCUCAAUUUGUUAUAGAAACAAAAUAUUGUAUCACUGUUUUAAGACAAUGCAUAAACAGUAUGCUGCAGCUACCACUAGGUGGCUAUAGAAUAUAAAAACAUACUGUAUUACUUGUAGUUUAAUUCACUAUUUUAACCAAAUGUAUUGUUCAAGUUAAGUCUUAUCAGUUCAUGAGUAGAGAUGGUGAAAUGCAGGUAAAAACACAUAGCCUUAUAGCUACCAAUCAGAGAGUGGGUUUAGAUCCCAUUAACCUGUCUCUCUGUUGUUUUUUUUUUGUUAUUGUUGACUUGUACCAUUUUUAGCUGUGGCUUAUGGAAUGGCUCCGAGUAGUUUUUUUUCAAGUACAAACUUUUAGCUUUGUCAUUUCUUGACCGAUCUAAGAUCUAAUUACAUUUUUGGACUCAUGAGUUCAAACCCUUUAGAUUGAUGUAUUUGACCAUGCCCAAGGUUUCAUAGAUUGAUUUACUAUAAUCCUGCCUAAAAGAAUUUCAGUUUGAGUUUAGACUGGUAAAGAUCCUGAUGAGUAAUAAAGUUGAAUCAGGUAUAUAUGUACCCCAUGUUUGGUAUUGCUGGCACACAAAAUAUAGUUAAUAAAAAGGAAAAAAAACGUCUCGUAGAUUAAUUUAUUCUAAUUAUGCCUAAAAGAAUAUUAAGUACCCCAGCUAUUGAGGAAUCCCUCUUGAUUAACUAAAUAAUUACUUGAAGUACUAAAAUCAUUGUUAUAGUAAUCUAUCUUUGGCCUUAAUUUGAUACACUAUUAAAUUUAAUGUAUUAUUAUUGAUAGACUUUAAGACAAGUCAUUCAAAACUAAAACUUCUGCAUCUACUCAAAUGUUGUCCAUUUCUGUCUUGUUAUAAUAAACAAAAAGUUACAGUUACAUAUCGCAUUAAAGGUAUCAGAAUAUGGAGUUGAAUAAAUUACAAUGCUUUAGUGGCAGGUCUACUGAGGUGUUAAGAUGUGUGUCACUUUUAUCAUUUUGUGUACAAAAGUAACUUGUGACCAAUUUUGUAUUGUUUCUUUUGGAACAUACGAAAAAAAUUUUGAUGAUACUGUACAAAUGUAAGAUAAGAAGUUUUAACAGACAAUAAUAAAUAUUUUUACUUUAGUUGAAAUUAUUGAGGAAAAGAAACUUUCAUUAGGUUUUAUGUAUAUAGACACAUGCACAUGUAUAUAUGUACAAUGUUUACCCUGACUGAUUUAAUAAUAGGCUAUUGUCUCAGGGAGCUGAUUAUACUUUAAGCCUAAUGCUAGAAUACAGGAACUUGGUGAAAUUAAUCAUUGUAAUUUGUAUAACUUGCUUUUAUGCUAUAAAUAUUCUAACAAUUGGUAGAAAAUGAAGAGGGGAAUUUUGUUCCUUGUACAUUAAUGAAUCUUGUUAUGUGUAUUUAUAUACAUACUUGAAAUUUUAGAGUUGAUAUUAAAACAGAGAAUACUUGAAAAAAAAGCACCGUAGUUAUCUUUAUAAAUUUAUAAGCUGUGAAGCAUACAUGUGUAUGGUAAACAUAUGAAUUUGAUAUCAGUAUUGAGCUAAUAUAUAUAUAUAUAUAUAUAAUUUUUUCAGUUUAUUAGUUUAUGUUAAGUGAUUGUGUUUGCUUAAUCACUAAAAACCUAAAAGUGUUAUAAAACGUUUUUACAGUUAUUUAUAAGUUAUGAUUCACCAUAUCAAAUGGUUACCGAGGUCACAAAAUUCAGUAUUCAUAUAUAAUAUAUACUUAGUUUUAUUGUGUUAGUGUAAAGUAUUUUCCAAUUUUAUUAGCAAUGUUGUUCUAAUGAUUUUAAUAGCAUAUUCAAGUCCCAAACAAUCAAUAGACAUAUCCUAACUAGAUUUUUAAUAUUUGUUUAAAAAGAAACAUUUUUAUGAAUAAACUCUCACAUGAUAGCAAUAUGUUUUUAUAAACUUUGUUAGUUAAUAUAGAUGUUUAAUAAUGUAAAAUCUUGUGAAUUAUUUGAAUUUCAGUUUGUGUUUAUUAACAUUUAGCAAAAAUUUGAUGCAACAGUAAAGAAGUUAUUUAGAUGUUAGAACAUUCUUGAUAUAAAUCUCAAAAGUUUUUAUACUUGUGCUUCAGUACUUGUUAAUCGUACCUGCCAGUAGUUUGUAGAUGUGAAGUUAUGUUACUCACAUUAACAUAUAUUUCAUGAUGUUACAAGGGAAAAGAAAAAAGGUAAUUCAUGUAAUAAAACAACAAAUUCUUGAGAUAGUUCUAAAAGUACUACCUCAGUUGCAUAGCUAAACUAAAAAUAUACAUUAAACAAUCUAUUUUUUUUAAUUACAUGUUACUCUAGAAAUUUGGCUACUUAAAAUACAGAUAAACAUGAGGAAAUUUUUCUGUUUCUUUUGUGAUAAACACACUUUCUGUCAAGAAGGGCCCUGCAACACAUCCACUUCAGCCUUUUCAAUUCUCUGGGUGAUAGUUUCAAUGUUUAUAAGCUUUGAUAAAAAAAGGGAUAUAAUUUAAUAUUUUUGUGAGAACUUUGCUUCAUAAAUCUAUUAAACUAAGCUAAAUGAAGUGUGAUCUUGUUUCAUGUGCCAUAAUUACCUGUUUUGUUAUUUUUGCCUGUAACUUUUUCAAUGAAAUUAAUGGUUCAACAGUAUAUUUAGAGUUUUUGAAAAGUAAGUUAAAAAGACUUAAAAGUAUAUUUGCAUAAAUUGUAUUUAAAUAAUGCAAAUACUUUUUUGUUCAAGCUUAAUAAAAAUACUCAAAGAACACAACACAUUUCAAUCUUUUUUUCUUUCUAUGUUAUAUGCUGUGUGUGCUUUUAAUAAAAUAUAUUCAUAUUUCUUAUUACCCUUUGAGGGAAAUUGUAUUUAUACACAACUUGUAGUUUGUAUGAAGCAACAAAAACAUGUCUGUAUUUUUGAUGAUAAGCUUGUGAUAUUUCUAUAUAUUUCAAUUUUAUUUUUUGCUUACUUGCAAGUUCUGAUGUUUUCCCAACCAAAAUAAAACAAUUUUAUUUAAGAUGGCUUAGAGAAAUAGGGCUUUUGUUUGAUGAUAUAAAACUGUGUAAGAAAUGUUUAAUUUGUAUCGUUACUGGCCUUUUCAUGGAUACUUAAUUUUUGAUUAAAAAUACAGAAUAAUGUAAGUUUAAUAUAUUAGAUAUGUAAAUUUUUUGUAUUAAUUUUCAUUAGUUAGGUGCACAGUUAAUAUUUAUAACAAUGCUUGUGAAAUGUUCAAAGAUUUUCAUGUAUUGACAAACUAUGUACGUGGAAUGUGUAUAGAUAGGUAAAUACCUUAUUUCUUACAUAGAAGCAACCAAUUUUUUAUUUAGCUAAAGCAAACUGUUAAACAUUAGAAUGAGCUUCUAGUUUUAAUGCCGAAUUAUAUAGAUAUAUAUGUAUUUUCUGCUCUUUUAGUGAUUUCAAUAUAUCCUUGAAAACAA